AUGGCGAUGAUGAUGACUGGCCGUGUGCUGCUGGUGUGUGCCCUCUGUGUGCUGUGGUGCGGUGUAUUUGGAAUUGUGGCCGACGGUGCCUGCGGUGGGGAUGCCGAUGGCAGUGCGGUUGAGUAUUCGCUCUCGCGGUGGCGCGCUCAGCUGCGGAGUGAAUGCGCGGAGGAGGUCGGCAGGAGGACAGGAGGCGGUGCGAAUGCGUCCGCCGUGGAGGAAUGCCUCCGUCAGGGGACGGACGGUGUGCGUGCCGUUGUGGAUGGCCGUAGCCGUUGGAGGCGUCAACAGUUUGCCGUGGCUGCUGCUGCUGAUGGUGAUUCUGGUGGGAAUGUUAAGGAAGAAAAAACAAAAACAUUAUCCAAAGAAUUACAUCAACAGCCGCAAGACUCGAAUGUUGCGGCUCCAGGAAUGAAUGAAUCACCGGGAAGGGCACACGAACCAUCAUCCAUUGGAGAAGGCGGAGCAGGAUCAGAGGAAUCACAAUCGUCGUUGCCUGAAGUGCCUCAUGAAAUGCAAAAUAGUCUUUUGGAAUCACAAAAAGUAUUGGGAGGAGUUGGACGAAAGGCGGAGUCAACCGUAAAUGGUCCAACUGGCCACGAGUCAGCUGCUGAUGGCUCCGGUCACAUUGAAUCACCCGAAAUUGGAGUCACUGGCGAUCCGGAAAAGGAAUCCUCUCAGAAGGGAAGUCCCAAAAUUACUGCGUCAUCGCAGGGUGCAGGGACAGGGGAAGCACCCCAACCCCCAACACGGGCUGGCGGUGGAACGCAAAAAGAUCCAGGAAUAAAAAAUCCAGAAACAGCAGAAACACCGGGAGAACAAAUAACACAAACAGCAGAGCAGGGAACACCGCAAGGGGGGCAAGUGCCCAAAGUCCAACAAAUUGUGUCAGAGCCAGCAAAUAAACAGAGCAAGGUCGAGCAAGAAGUGGAUUCAAUUACAACUCCUGUGAAUGCACCGGGUGUAACACCACAACAAGAAAAGGAAGAAGACGCCGAAAAUGAGGGAACAGCCGAUGAAGAUGAAGCGGAAGAAGAAAUUGAAACACAAGAAGACAUCGCAUGGCGACCACUCACUCCCAUUCGGAAGAAAUCAUCGCAUUCAAUAUCUUCUUUACAUGGCAGUGCUGCUUCUUUCAGUCAGGAAGAAAAACCCACCACGCAAGUCAUUUCCGAAAACCUUCCAAUUUCUGAAACUGUAUUGGAGGAAGGUGGCCGCCAACAUGGUGACACGGCAACCCCCCACAACGUCAACAGCAGUAACGCACCUUCUUCAGUUACCGAGCCUGACACCGCCACAACCACCAAGACCAUGAUAGCCACUCAUAAUGCGAGUAAUCUUAACUGGGAUGGCGUCAAGCCAUUCACGGAAGAAAAGGAGAAGAGGGAUGAGACACCCAACCUUAACAGCGCAUCAGAAGGCACAAAAAACACACCAGCCAACAGUGAAGUGCCCACAACAGCAACAGAGCACGCCAAAGAUAUAACAAACACAACACCACCUGCCGACAGUGACGGCAGCACCGCGGUCUCCCACACCACCUCCCCUCUUUUGCUUCUUGUUGUUGUUGCGUGUGCGGCUGCUGCUGCGGUGGUGGCCGCGUGA